AUCGCACCGAGACCCGCCCAUUGGCUCACUGACUGUGCCCGGUGCUCCCGCCUCCAAGUUCACGGGCCCCCUCCCAGCCUCCGGCGCUCCGGCCGCGGGGACCCUGGACCUCGGCGGAGCAGCCUGCUCGGGCCCCGGGAAGAUGGCGAGGAGGCGCCGCCGCCGCCUCCUCCUGCUGCUGCUGCGCUACCUGGUGGUCGCCCUGGGCUAUCAUAAGGCUUAUGGAUUCUCUGCCCCAAAAGACGAACCAGUCACGGCAAUAGAGUACCAAGAGAUUAUUUUAGCCUGUAAAACCCCAAAGAAGACCGUUUCCUCCAGAUUAGAGUGGAAGAAAAUGGGGCGGAGCGUCUCCUUUGUCUAUUAUCAGCAGGCUCUGCAAGGUGAUUUUAAAGAGCGAGCUGAGAUGAUAGAUUUCAAUAUUCGGAUCAGAAAUGUUACAAGAAAUGAUGCUGGAAAAUAUCGUUAUGAAGUUAGUGCCCCAUCUGAGCAAGGCCAAAACCUGGAAGAGGAUACAGUCACUCUAGACGUGUUAGUGGCCCCAGCAGUUCCAUCAUGUGAAGUGCCCACUGCUGCUCUGAGUGGAACUGUGUUGGAGCUACGAUGUCAGGACAAAGAGGGGAAUCCAGCUCCCGAAUACACAUGGUUUAAGGAUGGGACCCCUUUGCAAGGGAGUCCAAAACUUGGCUCCCAAAUCACCAACAGCUCGUACAUAAUGAAUGCAAAAUCUGGAACUCUGCAAUUUAACACUAUUUCCAAACUGGACUCUGGAGAAUAUUCCUGUGAAGCCCGUAAUUCUGUUGGAUAUCGCAGAUGUCCUGGGAAACGAAUGCAAGUAGAUGAUCUCAACAGAAGUGGCAUCAUAGCAGCCGUAGUAGUUGUGGCCUUAGUGAUUUCCAUGUGUGGCCUUGGUAUGUGCUAUGCUCAGAGAAAAGGCUACUUUUCAAAAGAAGCCUCCCUCCAGAAGAGCAGCUCUACAUCUAAAGUUACCACAAUGACUGAAAUUGACUUCAAGCACACAAAAUCAUUCAUAAUUUAAAAGAUUCCACUUGUUGUUAUGCAAGUGAUUAAACUAUUACAAGUUGUUAUGCAAGUGAUUAAAUUAUUACAAAACUC